UCGUCAGCUUGACAGCUGCUUCCUAGCGGCUCCAGCUGAGGGAAAUGCACCCUUAGUUUUUCAUUUCGAUUGCGUUCAUACUGUUAUGGCUCGGUUUAGCAAGCCGCUGGCCUCCACGGUGGCAACUGCAUCUGCUGGCCGAUGAAGGCAUCACCACCACAUCCUAGCCCUCAACCUUACAAGCAAUUGAAACUCUGUACUGCACCUCAGCUCACAGUUACUGUUCCCUAUUACCGUUCCAUCCCAACAGGCUUGGCAUUACCUUCAGCGGGGGCGGCUUCCUGCUCCCUUACUUCAUCGGUGUCACGGAAAUCCUGCAACAACUCCGGAUCCUCCGCCCUGGCUGCGCCACCCCCGUCGCCGGCUCCUCCGCCGGCAGCCUCAUCGCAGUCAGCAUCGCCUGCGGCCUCUCCGCGAAAGACAUGUACGAUAGCCUCCUACGUUCUGUACAAGACUGCCGUACAAACGGCUCUUACCGCCGCUUGGAUGCCGUACUCACACGCCAGCUGGAUUCCACCUUGCCGCCCGACGCCGCGGAGCGUUGCAGCGGCGUUGCUACAGUAGCCAUCACGCGCAUGUUCCCGCGACCACGUACCAAGAAGAUUAGCACCUUCACUUCACGAGACGACCUCAUAGCUGCGUUGAUGACUUCUUGUCACAUUCCGGCUUACUUUAACGGCGAGCUAACAGCCAACUUCCGCGGCAAGACGGCGAUCGAUGGCGGCGUGACGUCUCUGAUGCCGCGACCCACCGCGCCACAUGACUUCCUGCUCAAGGUAGGUGGCGGUGGUAGUGAUCGAACGUUUGAAGGAGGGUUAGGACUUAGGAGGUGCGCGGGGAGCUUGUGCGUAGGGUGUUACAUGCUGCAACAACAACAACGUGGCAUGGCUGAACUAUGGUAAAUGUUCUGUGCCCUGUCUUGCCCACCUCUUGCCGCAUGCCUCAGGUGUGCUGCUUCCCUCGCGCCCAAGUGGCCCGCCUGCCCAUCUUCAACCGGCGGCGGGUGCUGGAGGACCUGCACCUGGGUAUCACACCGGACGCGUUCGGAGCCUGGCCCUACGGCCUGAAGGACAUGUUGGCUGCAGCCCUGCACCCCCACUCCGACGACUUCAUCCAAACCCUGCUGGAGGCCGGCCGCCACGACGCAACCCACUGGGCCCACGCAACCGGACUCGCACCCCCCGGCCUGCCGCUGCCACCCCGACCGCCCAUGCCGCCGCUCGUGCUGGGAGCACGAGCAGGCCCCGCGACGGCGAAGCCGUCGCCGACGGCUGCGGCGCCUGGAGGCGGCGUCGCCGCGGUUUCGGACGCGGAGGCGACGUCGGAGAUUGCGGCGGAGGCCGCCGCGGCGGCGUCACUGGCGGCGCCAUUGGGUCACGCCGCCGCCGCCGCCUCCGGCGGCGGCGGCAUUGGCGACGUCGGCGGUUCUGAUCUGAGUGCGGUGUUGGCGACGGCUCUCUCGCGCAGGCCCUCGACUGCUGCGGAGGCUGAGGCGGCGGCGGCGGUGGCGGCUGGCACGGAGGCGGCUCAGGAGCUGCUGCUGCAGCUGCAGGCGCACCCGCAGCCGGAGCCGCGGGAGGAGCCUGUGACACCGCAGUUGCGUGACCAACACCAGCAGCAGCCGCACGGACCCCACAUGAAUGGUGAUUCAGCGAAUGGUGAUUCAGCCGAUGAGAGCUACCUCCAGCUGCACCCCCGCCAUGACCCGCACCAGCGGGAGCAGGAGCUGCUACGGCAGAUGUAUUUGCAGCCGCGCACCUCACAGGAGUCCGUGUCGUCCUCCUUGUCCUCGUCUUCGUUAGCAGCAACAGCAGGCGGAGGAGGAGGUGGUGGUAUAGGUGGAGGAGGAGAAGGGUCGCCGCUGGGGAUCCAGAAGGUCGGGGAGAAGGAGAAGGGAUGGAAGGAGGGUGCGGGAGAGGGCGGCGGCGAGGCGUCACCGGUAUCGCUAGCGGGGCACUGUCCGCAGCAGCAGGGGCGUGGUGAGGUGGCUGGGAGGCAGCUAGGAGGGGGGGCAGAAAAGGCCAAACAAGGAGGGGAGGCAGAAGGCCCGAUGGUGGUGCCUCGCCGCAACACAGGUGGGUGGUGAUGAUGAGGUGGGGAUCGAGGGAGGUAUAAGGGGGAGGACUGUGGCGUCUUUUCUGCAUCUGCAUCUGGUGAUGAGAAUUGUUGAGGAGCGUUGGGGGGUAGGAAACGGGGUUGCUGGCUGGCUGGUUGGCUGAGGAGGUAGCGGGGGCACAAGUUGCAUGCAGAGGGAUGCGUGGCUGGCUGGGUAGUGUGCAGAGCUGCUGGGCUUCACGUGCUGUGUCGUGAUGGAAGGCGUUGUUGUCGUGCGAGUGGAGUUCUGCUGCGUUCUCCUGGGUGCACUUGGCACUGCUAGCAAGCAGGGGUUGUACGACUGUGGCUGCUGUUGCUGCUGGGUUCUGCUGCUGCUAUGUACAUUACCUAACUGGACAGCAACAAAAGGGCGGUUAAAAAGUAGUAUAAUGAAGGGCGGGCACAACAAUUGGCUGCUGUGGGGACGGACAGGAAGGGACGGAAGGGUUGGGUAUGACGGCUAGGGGCAGGACAAAAGAGUUUAGGUAGCGUAGAAUGUGGGGUGGCCGUCCGCGGUUUUGCUGCUGAGACCUAGGCAGCUGUGGGUUAAGGAGACUGGCUGUGGGUGCUUGUACACUUACUAUUCGACACAUUGCUACAGCGGGCACUCCUGUCUUUAGGUGUUCGGUUCCUUCUUAUGACAUGUUGAUAGACGCCUUUGAAUUCUCCCUUCAUUCUUUGUUUGUACACUUCUUGCUUUACAGCGCACAUGACACGGGUUUUACAGAGCUUGUAUUGCGCAGGUGGUUUUGCGUUGCUUGUGUGCUUGAACGGAACGGAACCGGGACGUACUUAUUCAUGACAGAGGCUGGCAAACCAACGCUUUGGGGUAUGUCGGAAUGCUGCUUUGGGUUGUGCUGCAGAGGGAUAGGCUUCCUGCGCUUCCCACAUUGUACGGUACCGGUAGCAUGGGGAGUUGCAACCAUGAACGAAUCUAUUUUGGGUGGCGUAUGCCUGUAGAUUGAGACUCUUCGUUUGGCGCAUUCCGCAUUUGCAGCCGUACUCCUUGAGACCAUUUGAACGGGCCCAAAUGUAACGGCAGAAGCGUCUAA